AUGCAUCGCUCUCAAUCCCUAGUCCAAAAGGCCACGCGUAAUAUGCGCAAUCAACGAGUCAAGCGUCAAACUAACAUCCCCAGCCCUGACAGCGGCGUUUUAGGAGUUAUGACACCGGAGCAACAACAGUCUCUCGUUUUCCUGCGCGCGACUAGAAUGGAAUUUCUAUUUGCAGAAUAUCCUUGGCUGCCCCGCGAUGCUUGCGAGGAGAUUCGAUGCCUAUCCAUCCAUGUUAACCACCACAACAUGAAAAAUACCCAUGCCUUGGACGACAUCUGGAAAUUCGCACUAGAGGAUAUUGAUAGUGUUUUUCACAAGUACUUCCCUCGUGAGCCUCUCCCUCAGCUACCGCAGUUGUCGCAAGCUCCCCGUCCACAGCCGCGGCGACAACUUCCACGCCCUAAUGUCUAA